AAGAAGGCCAACGUCGGUAUUGCCGUCCACGGAUGCACUGAUGCUGCCCGCUCUGCCGCCGAUAUCGUCUUGCUCGCUCCCGGAUUGUCCACCAUUGUCGAUGGUCUGAUGACCUCCCGUGCCAUCUUCCAGCGCAUGCGUUCCUAUGCCCUUUACCGUAUUACCUCAACUGUCCACUUCUUGAUGUUCUUCUUCGUCGUCGUCAUGGCCUAUGACUGGUCCUUGCCCGCUCAUUUGCUCAUCUUGAUCUGCAUCUUGAACGACCUGGCUACCCUGGUUAUUGCUGUUGACAAUGCCCAGAUCUCGGCGCGCCCCGACAAGUGGAGAAUCGGUCAGCUGAUUACUAUGUCGAUCGUUCUCGGUCUCUGCCUCACUGCCCUUUCCUUUGCCCAUUUCUACAUUUUCUGGAAGCACUUUGGCUACGAGCCCCUGGAUGACAAGGCCCCUUAUGAAGACCGCAAGUUGGAGUCGGUCAUGUACCUCCACAUCUCGUCCGCGCCUCACUUCGUCAUCUUCUCAACCCGUCUCACUGGCUAUUUCUGGGAGAACCUGCCCUCGCCUAUCUUUGCCAUCGUCAUUAUCGGUACCCAGAUCAUUGCUCUGUUGAUGGUUAUCUUUGGUGGUUUGACCCCCAAGAUCCCCGCUUCCCAGGCCAUUGUCGUCUUGAUCAUCUCCUUUGUUUACUUCAUCCUUUUGGAUGUUGUCAAGGUCCAGCUUUUCAAGCAUUGGUCGUUUGAGAUGACCGCCACCUUUGUUCCCACGAAUGCUCGCCGCACCAAGCUUGCUGCUCGUAAGGCAUCCAAGAUCCAGCAGGAACGAGUUUGGGACAGCAUUGACGCUGUUCGUAAGGUUGCUGUCAUGACCGCUGUUGUUUCUGCUCUACAGGAGAAG